AUGGAUAGGGGCUCUGCAUUCCUGUCAGAACUCUGGGCCUCCCUGGCACGCCUAAAAGGGACAACACUCUACAGCACGACAGCAUAUAACCCCACGGCUAACGGAAUGAUGGAAAGAGCCCAUCAUUCAUUAAAAGCAGCAAUGAUGGCAUGGUGUACUGACGAAAUUUGGAAGGCACAGCUACCCUGUGUCCUGCUAGGACAUCGAACAGCACCAAAAGCAAACAGCAAAGAAUCAUUUGCUUGUGCAAACAAAGUCUAUGGGGAAGCACUGGCAAGGGACGAUGCCCACUGCCCAGCCCUGUCCAGACCAUACAGAGCUCCAUACCAUGUCAUCACAAAAAAUUCCAAAGCCUACCCUGUCGACAUCCACGGGCAGGAAAACUGGGUAUCUGUUGACAGAUUAAAGCCAGCUUUCCUGAUGGAUAACAAUACCCGGGAAGAGAUCGGCAGAUGUCCGAGAAUUCCUCCCCAAAACAAGAACUCAAGCGAAGGAACCAACGUCCUGAGACUAAUUCGAGGUCGUCCCAGGGGCCGGAUGAAAGACGAUAUCCUGGCAGGCCCGCCAGACGACCCAACAGUCGAAACUGCCCCACAACCUAUAUAUCAAGAACUCAAGGACGGCUCCUGA